AUGGCACUAAGGCUGCUGAGCCCCGGCCGACGGACGGCCUUGCUGUACGGCCGCACCCUGCGCCAGAUCAGCGCCAGCCUGCGCGCCCUCUCCACCAAGGACGACAUCGGCCAUGACGGAGAGAUCGCGGCCGCCGAGCUGUAUCGGGAUCGACACAUGGCGGUGCUGGCCUCGUACCUGAGCUGGCAGGGCGGCCGGCCAGCCGAGCCGGGCCCGCCGCCGCCGCCCGCCGCCGUCCUACUAGAGGUGCAGGCACACGACUGCCCCCAGCUGCUCAAGCAGGAGUUCGGGCCGCUCUUCGCCGAGCGCGACAUCACGGCCGGCCGGCUGACUGUGCUGGUGGUCAGCCAGCGCACCGACGCCGACAUGGCCGCCUGGUCCGAACAGGCCGAGGCCGAGCGCGACGAGCUGGCCGCGCAGUUCGUGACCGUCGGCGAGGACAUGGCGCUGGGCCUGCGUCGGCUGGGCUUCUGGGCAGACCUGGUGGACCCGCGCUCGGGGCGGCCCCACCUGGGCGCCCCGGCCGCCGCCGCCGUCGCCGACUACGACGACGACGACGCGGACCGGCUCGUAGAGACCGACGAGCGGCUCGGGCGGCUCGGCUUCACCAUCGAAGACCUGGGCUGCUGCAAGGUCAUCCGACACGCCGUUUGGGGCAGCCACGUGUUCGUCGGCUGCCUGUUCACGGACGCGGCCGUGGACGACCCCCGCCUGGGCGGAGUGAUAGCUCAGUACCAGGAGGCGGCGCCGCCCUGCUAGUGGCCGGCUGGGCCGGGAGCUCCUCAUGAAUCUGCUGCGAGUCGAGCGACGCUGCGACG